AUGACUGCUUUAAAUGUUUUUGCUGUUGGUGCUGGGUCAGCUCGUUCAAAAUUUGAAAAGCUUCUUCACAGUUCUCUCAAAAAGGCCUUUGAGGUCUACAAAAGGAAUGCUUUUCUGGAGGCUGACUUGCAAUGUUCUAAUAAAGUUCAGAACAUGGAAUCAAAGGUGCGAGCAGCAUGUAACAGUUCGAAUGCAAAAUUAGAUGACAUAGUCAGGCUCCUUGAUGACCUACUCACAGAGUAUGAGUCAACGGCCUAUGGUCCUGGAAAAUGGAAAAGGCUAGCCACAUUCUUACAGCAGUGUUUGGCUGGCCCUGUUUUGGACCUUUUCAGAAGACAGUUAGAGCAUAUAGAUGCUGAAAGGAACGCCCUGAGAUUGAAAUGCAAUUCAAGAGAUGUGGAACUAUCUGAGAAGAUAUUCUAG